GGUGUAUAUCUCAGUAUACAUAGAAACCUAACACGGUAACCAUAAUAAACCGUUUACUAACACACCUAAACUUUGCAGAAUCGACUCAGUGAAUACCAAGACAAGGUCGACUCUAUAGAAGCUACAGGAAUACGCCAUCACAUCAAGUUGCAGCUAAAACAAAAAUAUGGCUUUAUAUUGGGGAUUUGUUGUUGCUCUUGUGGCUCUUAAUCUUGGUUUCUCAGCCCAAAGCAGCAUUACCAGUACAGUUGCAUCAUCCAAUAUGACCACUACGGCAGUAGCUACGUCUACUAACACGCCCGUGGGCGGAGGGUCARCGUCAUCAGUGUCAUCAGUGGCACCAGUGUCAACAACGACACAAAUCGUAGCAACGACCACACAAAYCGUAGCAACGACCACACAAAUCGUAGCAACGACCACACAAAUCRUAGCAACGACCACACAAACCGUAGCAACGACAACCACCACAGUUGUUCCCACCUCAUCUACCUCAAGUCCAWCCGSUUUUUGUAAGUACAUGGAAAGCAUUAAUAGUCAUUUCCCCUAUAAAAUGCGCGCCAAGCAAGAAAAAUUACUUAACAGAUGUGGCAUUUAUCUCUUAGAGUUGGGGAGUUUUGGCGUGCGAAAGUUCCCUCCUAGUCUACAGGAAUAGAUUUUUUAAGCUGUGACGUAUUUCCGGGUCCAACAGCUGUCAGAGUUUUGAAGCAAGCGCGCGAGUUUUGGCGCGAAAGUUCCCGCCAAAAUCUACGGAUAUAAUAAGACUAUAAAUCUGUAAAUCUUUUUCGUAUCCAAUUGCCUACAAAAACUGCUAAAUGCGGAAAAUGUUGUCAAUGGAUUAACCUGCAUUUGAAACAAUUAGAACUUUGGACAACAAAUUCUUUCGAGAAGGAAAUGCAGGAAACGUUUUUAAAAAGGCAAGACUUUUUGUUUCGUAGCCGGACGUCUAUUUUUCCAUACGAUUGAUAUCAUACUUAAAAGUUCAUCGAUUUAGUUACAAAGCAUGGGGCUUUGSUGUUAUUACGACAGUAUCAUAUUCUUGGGUGCGACCACAUGAUUCAAAAUCCCUUCAGAUAUGAAUAACAACGAAACAGACGCCAUGCUGAUUGCCGAUAAAAGAAAUGAGGAAUGCUUUGUUAUCGUCCACAAACCCGGCGGCUAUGACGUAACAUGCACCCCAAGAAUA